UGAAGACCGUUGAAUGCCUGCCCUGAACUGUAUUACGACUCCGACCGGCGCUUGGAGUCGACGCGCACACGCGGCCUGCUCUGCUGGCAUUUACCAAGCACUUACCCUCACAUCGCGCAGUCGCGGGCACCCACCAUCACCGUGCAAGACAUCCCCCAAGUACAUAGAAUGCGCGCACAGCGAUGGGUAAGGGCCCGGGCGAGUGGGCAGCAGGCAGCGGGCGACCCUUGCUGUCCGCGACUCGUGUGCCGCGUACGUGGACACGAGGAUGUCCUGAAAGUCGGCAUGGGCGGGCAGCGCGUCGUGGGUCCGCAUGUCCGCUGGAUCCGCAAUCGGAACUUGGAAGGAGUUGAAGGCGAGGGAAUCGUCAUCACGACCGUCUGGCGAGGAGAUGACGGUUGGUUCUAUUCAGUGCGGUGAGCACCGUGUUUCCGUGCGGAGUCGCCCAUGCGCCGCG